AAGAGGGGGAGGAAAGGAGGAGAGGCUGUUGUUGCGGCGUGAGAGCAGUACAGUAGUGGAGGACUGGACACAGAGAAGUGGGCUUCUGUUUUCUACUUUGUGGGACUGUAAGUGAAGAAACAAUUGAGGAGAGCAGAGGAGGAAUGUGUGGAUUACAGUAGCAAGUACCAACAGACUGAAAUUAAAGAGGAGAAAAGUAUUUGAUUGAGCAGGAAAAAAGAGAAAGCAACCGAACAAAUAGUAGAGAGAGAGAGAGAAAAAAAAGAAAGAAAGAAAGUGAGAGAGAGAGAGUGAGAGAGAGAAAGAGAGAUUAAGGGCAUACCGCUGCAGGUGUGCAGCGCUAAAUCAAACAGUGGGCUAUGGGGAGAGAGAAAGGAGACUGACUGUUCGCAGCGUGCUGAGUGGAGUUACCGUGGUGACCAAACCGUGAAUUAGUACCUUCUCUUCUACAGUGAACCCUCCUGAACCUCCGCUAACCAAUCACAGGGAGAGAAAAGCAGAGGGUAGAGGUGUUACAUGGAACUUUAUUUUCAACCUAUAAGUCUACCUGGCCUAUUAAGGAGGUGCAGUUGAUACAGGUGCAGUACAGGGACUGUGUAAGGGUGUUAGGUUACUGUUAAGGUGCGGUAGGUAGAGAGUGUUGACAGGUCAAUUGACAGGUUGAUUGACAGGCGUCGGGUUAAGGUGAUGUCUGUGGAGCGGGGCCAGGGACGUGGCCACUCCCUCUCUGACUCGGAAGAGACCAAUGGGCUGCAGGUGGAUCCUGAACCAGAGGAACUGGACUGGGAUAGCUUUAGUACUGCAUUGGAACAGAGACUGACUAUUGAGCAGGAGUGUGCCCAGGCGUCAGAUCACCGUUGUGCCCAGCUGGAGAAGGCCCGGUGUGGGCUGGAGCUGCAGCUGUCUGGCCUAUCUGAGCGCCUGGAGGAGGAGGAGGCGUGCUCGACCCAGCUGGCCCACCACAGAGAGAGGCUGGAGGCAGAGAACAGCAGCCUCAGACGAGACCUGGAGGAACUGGAGAGUGCUCUGACUGCCACCGAGAGAGACAAACAGUCUUCAGACGGCUCAGUCAGGAAGCUGUCAGAGGAGCUGUCCCAGAGAGAGGAAGCUGUCCAAAAGCUUCAGAAGGAGAAAGAACACCUGGUGGAGCUCAGCCAGCAAGCCAUUGAGGACCUACAGAGCGAGGAGGAGAAGGUGAACCUCCUGACCAAGGAGAGGGCAAAGCUACAGGUGCAGGCGGAAGAUUUGGAGUACCUGUUAGAGCAGGAGCGGCGUCAGCGUGGGGAGCUGGAGAAAGGCAGGAGGAAGCUGGAGGGAGACAGCAGGUCCACUCUGGAGAGCCUCACUGAGAUGGAGAGGAUGAGGAGCAGCCUGGAGGAACUCAUGAAGAAGAGAGAUGUGGAGAUAACCAGCACCAGUACCAAGCUGGAGGCAGAAGAGGCCCUAAACAUCAGCCUGCAUAGGAGGAACAAGGAGCUGCAGGUCCGUAUCGAGGAGCUGGAGGAGGAACUGGAGACAGAAAGAACCAUGAGAGCCAAGGUGGAGAAGCAGAGAGCUGAUCUGACCAGAGAACUGGAUGACCUCACUGACCGACUGGAGGAGGCCGGGGGAGCCACAGCUUCACAGAUUGAAGUAAAUAAAAAGCGGGAGGCGGAGCUCCAGCGUCUGAGGAGGGACUUGGAGGAGUCUUCUAUCCAAUCAGAGGCCCUGGCUGCGUCUCUAAGGAAGCGUCAUGGCGAUGCGAUGGCAGAGCUGGGAGAGCAGUGUGAGAGUCUACAGAGGACCAGGGCCAAGCUGGACAAGGAGAAACAGAGUCUACGCAUGGAGCUGGAGGACCUUGCUGCCUCACUGGACACCCUGCAGAAAGUCAGGGUGUCGACAGACAGCCAGCUGAGGAAGCUGGAGGAGCAGCUCUCUGAGGCCAACACCAGAGGAGACGAUCUGCAGAAAGCCCUGACUGAGGUCAACGUAGCCAGAAACAGACUCACAGCUGACAACACAGACCUGGCCAGACAGCUGGAGGAGGCAGAGAGCAGAGCCAGCCAGGUCUGUCGCUCCAAGACCCUGAUUGUGACCCAACAUGAAGACAUCAAGAAACAGAUGGACGAGGAGCUCAAGUCUAAGCUGGCCCUGGCCAGCAGUCUGGCAGGGCUGCGUCAGGAGUGUGAGGUGUUGAAGGAACAGCUGGAGGAGGAGCAGGAGAGCAAGCUGGAGCUGCAGCGCUUCAUCUCCAAACUCAACACCGAGGUUACACAUUGGAGGACCAGACAUGAGGCGGACGCCAUACAGCACUUGGACGAACUGGAGGAGACCAAGAAGAAGCUGGCGUCUCGGCUCCAGGAGGCUGAGGAGGCGGUGGAGGCCACCCAGGCUAAGUGCUCCUCUCUGGAGAAGACCAAGCAGAGACUACAGGGAGAGGUGGAGGACCUCUGUAUAGACCUGGAGAAGGCUAGUAAUUGUGGCCAGGCGCUGGAUAAGAAACAACGCAUCUUGGAGAAGCAACUGGGUGACUGGAGGCAAAAGUGUGAGGAGCUGGUGUUGGAGGUAGAGGGUUGUCAGAAGGAGAGCAGACAGCACGCCACGGAGCUCUUCAAACUGAAGACGGCCCAUGAAGAGGCUCUGGAACAGGGAGAUGCCCUACGCAGGGAGAACAAGGCCUACCAGGAGGAGAUAGUUGACCUGACUGACCAGCUCUCGGAUGGAGGCAAGAGCGUCCACGAGCUGCAGAAGACGAAGAAGAAGAUAGAGAUGGAGAAGGAGGAGCUGCAGGCCUCAUUGGAAGAGUCUGAAGCUGCCUUAGAGGCUGAGGAGACCAAGGUGCUGCGUCUGCAUCUGGAACUGUCCCAGGCUAAAGGAGACAUGGAGAGGAGACUCCAGGAGAAAGAGGAGGAGUUUGAGGCAGCAAGGAAGAGCCACCAGAGGGCGCUGGAGUCCCUUCAGGCCAGUCUGGAUGUGGAGGUCAAAGGUCGUGGUAAGGGGUUGAGGGUGAAGAAGAAGCUGGAAUCUGACCUAAAUGAGCUGGAACUACAGGUGGACCUGCUCACCAAGAACAACAUAGAGCUCACCAAGAACACAAAGAAGAUGCAGCAGCAGAUCAAGGAACUGCAGGGCCAAUUGGAGGAGGAGGUGCGUGGGCAGGAGGAGCGGAGGGAGGAGCAGACUGUGUUGGAGCGACGCUGCCUCCUGCUGGUGAGCGAGGGAGAGGAGACACGUGGGGCGCUGGAGAACGCUGACAGACAACGCAAAACCUUAGAGAUUGAGCUUACAGAGACCAACGAGAAGUACAACGACCUCAACAACCAGUUCCAGUCAGCGCUGAGUGGUAGGAGGAAACUGGAUGUGGAUUUACAGGCACUGCAGCAGGAGCAUGAGGAACUGCAGAACGAACUGAGAGGAGCCAAUGACAAGAUCAAGAAGGCCAACUGUGAGGGAGCGCGUGUAUCAGAGGAACUGAGGUUAGAGCAGGACCACACCCUGCACAUGGAGCGGGUGAAGAAGGGUCUGGAGGCCCAGUUAAAAGACAUGGGCACCAGGCUGGACGAGGCUGAGCAGAUGGCCCUCAAAGGAGGCAAGAAGAUCAUCCAGAAACUGGAGGGCAAGGUGAAGGAGCUGGAGUUGGAGCUGGACUCGGAGCAGAAGCGUCACGCUGAGACGGUGAAGACGCUGCGUAAGAACGAGCGUCGUCUGAAGGAGCUGCUGUUCCAGUCCGAGGAGGACCAGAAGAACCAACACCGCAUGCAGGAACUGGUGGAGAGACUCCAGAACAAGAUGAAGGCCUACAAGAGACAAGUAGAGGAGACGGAGGAGCAGGCCAACAUGAACCUCGCUAAGUACAGGAAGACAGUACAUGAGUUGGACGAUGCUGAAGAAAGGGCAGACAUCGCCGAGUCAGCCCUCACCAAGAUCAGGACCAAGAACCGCGGUAGCUUCAGCAAGGGAUACUCGUCUGGUUACAGCACGCCGUACCCCGGGGGGAUCGUGAGGUCACCCAGUUCCGUGGGGUCAGAGGGUAGAAGUGAGAAGAUCAUCAACGACGACAAUGACUCGGUCAGCUCCCUCAUCCCAGCUUAUCUCAACUCCCUGAAGAAACUCAUGAUAGACUAGCACCUAGGGAGGGAGUCAGUUGGAUGUACCAAACAUUCCAGUUGGAGCAAAGAAACAUGUACUGUCUUACAUAUGUAGGAUCUUAAUUUGAGCCAGUUUGCUACAGCAGGAAAUGUGGAUUAUAAUUAAUGCCCAUUUUUGUAGGGGUUGAUACAUUUUUCAUUUGGGUAAAUGAAGUCUGAAAUUUCAAAGUGUAAAUUAAACUUUAGAAGACUUUUUAAAAUUCAAAUAAACUUCAAGUUUGUGUUUCCUGCUGUGCAGGACAAUUCUCAAAUUAAGAUCCUAAGUUUGUAUGUUUUUACUUUUACGUCCAAACAAAUUUCCCUACAUACAUGUAGUGUCAGACAUUUCAAAGCAAUAUUUUUUUCUGGAUUUUGUGGUAUA